ACUUCACUUUUACUUUAUUGCUUCAUUAACACCACCUCCGUCAAGGAAAGUCCACAACUUCGCUCCCUAUAAUCUCAAACCGACCAUACGAACAAACAAACAAUGCCAUCUCUUGCCCCUGCCCUCCUCCUUCCUAUCCUCUCCCUCUUCACCCUCUCCGCAGAUGCCCGUCCAACAACAGCCUCCCCCGCUGCUGCCACCGUCGAAAUAUGGAGCAUCCCCCGCCUCACCAUGCACAUGAUGACGCCUACCACCGGUCUUCCUGGCGGCGCCUGGCCCCCAUCCCUCCGGUUCAAUUCCACCAUCGAUUUUGACAUCAUGGUUCCCGACCACUCUACCGCAGCAUCCGAGACAGUGGCGCCGCUGAAGGUAAACUGCAUGGCGAGUUGGGAGAACGGGACGUUGCCUGAGGGACGAAUGGGAUGUACGUCGUUGUCUACAGAUGCGAAAGAGGAGGCAAAUGAGGUGGAGUUUGGCAUGGAUUUGUAUACAGCUUUGGGUGAGAGGAGGCCGGAGUUGAGUUUUGUGUUGAGUGUUUGGAGAGGUCAAACACCUACACUUACUGGCUCCAUACCUAUCACCGCAAAUGACCCCUCGGAGCCCAGUAGCUACCUCACCUGUCUCGGUGGCGCACCACUCGAUGGGCUGAGAUGCAACAUUGGCAGUUAUCUGAGUGUGAGGAAGGAGUUGGUCAUCCAGGGCAGUUAGAAUGACGCGGUCGUGAUAUUUUAGGCGGAGACAGGGCACAGACUAGUUGUGUUUUUCCACGACGAAAAUGAUCAUCAUGCUAAUAAGGGAGACUGUAAUAAAGGGUAUUCGAUAAUUAAUCGGCUCCUGCUUUCUUUUAUAAUAGAAGUUUAGACAU